GUGACCAACAUUAGGAGACAGGGAGGGGGAAAAAAUUGUACACGCUUGCCUUGCAGAAUCGGAAAUAACGGCAGAGGCGGAGAUUGACGGGGAAGACCGUGCGACGCCAAUCAUAUUGUUUUCUCUUGCAUGUUGUCUGUGAAACAAAAGUUCUGUCAGAACCGACAACACACUACACGAUCACGUUGCGGGACUACAACGGAUUUAACGGGCCAUUGGAAUAGGGGAAUAUUCUUGCGUGGAGACAUUUAUAUAGUCUCUAUAGCAGUGGAUGGUUGGAGGAAGCGGGUCCAGGAAAGUCACAGACGACAAUGUAGGCAGCCCAGCCGGAGUCAUAUCAUGGGCUCAGAGGCAGUGGAAGAUUGUGUGCAGGGGGCUCUCUCGUCCCUCUACCCCCCCUUCGAGAGCACAGCCCCGCCUCUCCUCUCUCAGGUUUUCUCUGUGUUAGAGUCGACUUAUCAGCAUGACAGUCUGAGGUACCUGCUGGAUUACUUCAUCCCAGCAAAACACCUUCUUCACAAACUACAGCAGCAUGCCUGUUCUCAGUAUCUGGGUUGCCUGUUCCUCCACUCCGGUUGGCCCCUCUGCCUCGGAGAGAAGAUUGUGGUCCAGCUCUCUACUCUGGACUGGAGGCUGCUGCGCAGUACCGACUUCUACUUGCAGGUGGUUCCCUUCUCCACACGCUGCCCCCGCCUGGCCCUCAAGUGUUUGGCCCCCGGGGGCCGCAACGUCCAAGAGGUCCUGGUGCCCGAGUCACAGCACCCCCUGGUGUUCACUACAGAGUGGCUGCACAGUGUCAACAAGGAGAGGGGCUACAAAAGAGAAGGAGGUGGAGGGUUAGAUACGUGUCUGGUCAGUACGUGUGACGGGGUGGUCCGCCUACCGUGGGAGGAGGUGGUCUACCCCAAGUUCAUCCAUAACCCAUCGGACGACCUGACUACCAUGGCUGACCACCCAACCUCCGUCUCCGACCACACCACCGACCUCACCCCGGUGGUGGGCCUCGGCCUGGGUGGCUGGGGGGGCUCCUCCUCUGGAGAACCAGACUCCUGUUCCUGGGACGAAGAAGACGAUGACCUACCUCCAGACAGUGUAGAUGCAGAGGCCGUUCUACCCCGCCGACGGUGCAGCGAGGAUGGGUUAGGGAGGACGACGAGGCAUCACCAAAUGGCUGGUGAUGGGGACUACGUGGAACUCCUGGAGCCCAGGGGGGGUCCGGACGGCGGCACAGACCCCAGGCAGAGGUACCUGGAGAUGCAUGGGAUCUGUAAGACCAAGACCCUGCCGCUGUGUAGGAGGAGCAAGGCUAUCAAGCUCCGCAGAGGGAAGGCCUGGGGGUACGGGCGACUGGACGCAGCCGGGGGCAGUAGGGGCAUCCUGGGGGGUAAGAGGGACUCUGUGACCCACCGGGGGGACUGGUUACCCCCCCGCCCCCUUCCUAGAGUUAUCGAUGUAGGCCGAGCGAGACGGUCUGAGUCGUACCCCUCCUCGCUUCAGAACUGUGACGAAGGGGAGAAACAGGCCCUCGGAAAAGACCCAGAAGGCCUAGGAAGCCAGGGGCUGUAUUUUGAUGGUCCGUCCAAGGAGAGGAGGCCCGGGGUGGGCAGGGAGAGGGAGGGCAGUGGGUGUAACGUUACACAACCAUGCAGGGACAGCCAUGGAAGUAACAGUUUGGUAGCGAGCGAGACAACAAAUCCCAAAGCAGCGCAUGUUGUAGAGGGCCAAUCGGAUCAAAGCUCUCGCUCUGAAUCUGUGUUUGAGGAUACUGAUAAGUCACUGAGUGGAGACAGCGACACCAUGCCCACUACAGACACACGAGGAAGUGGGGAGAAUGCGGCGAGGCCAUUGAUUGAUAUUCCAGGAAAUGGGGAGAAUGUGGACAGCCCGUUAGCAGAUGGAUCUGAAACCCAGAAAGGAAGACAUUCCACUAGUGACUCUUGUGUACCAGACAAAACAGCAGACUCGACAGAACACAGAGGGACGGAACGUUCUCUCUCUCGACCCGGUACUGACGCUGACCCAAAGGGAGCAACGACUCCAGAAGAGAGGGCUGAAGGAAAGACGGAGGAGAUAGGAGUGUGUCCUCGAGGAAAGGAAGUAAAAACGGGAGGAUUCAGGGCACCCAGGAGGAAGAGGAAAGGGAGAGGGGGAAAGGGGAAGGCUAAAAGUGGGUGUCGUGGCAACCAGAAGACUCGAGACCAGGCCGGUUCCAAACCACCAAGUAAAACACCUCAGCGUGGUCCCGCCAUCUCCCCGACAACCAACCUGCCAAUCACUACAACCAACCUAUCAGAGGCAACACAGCAGCCUGAGGGGGCGGAUAAAGAGGUCACACCAGUCAAUGAAGGACAAGAAAAAGCUGAGAUUGGGGAAAGCAAUACAGAAAACCAGGUUGUCCAAUCAGAAGUCUCACCUGACACAACUACUAGCCAAUCAGGCACAUCCUUAUCUAACCACUCUACAGAGGAGUUAGGGGCAGAGACAUCUCCUGACCUAUCAAAUGGCCUAUCACCUAAAGCCCCUCCUCUCCUAAGGGAAUUGGACACAGAACUCCUCCAAUCAGGAAAGCUGAUGUUGACAGGUACGGUGGACAGGCUGGGACGGGCUGUGGUUGUCACUGAAACGCACCUCCCAGAGGACGGUUGCCGUGCGGACGAGAUGGGCCGUGUCUUGGCCUGUUAUCACAGGAUCACCCGCUCUUCUGCUAAAGAGCGAGGCCUAACAGUAAUAGUAGACAGUAGACAAUCUCCUCCCUCCGCUCUCUGCCUCGCUGCACUGAAACAAUUACAGGCUGUGGUCCCGGGAGGUCUUGGCUCUGUCCUCAUUCUGGUGAAGGAGCAGCACCAGGAGUCAUCUACACACAGUCUAGAGGGAGUAGAGGUGCACACGGUGCGAGGGACAGGGGUCCUUCAGCAGUAUAUAGACAGGCAGCAGCUGCCCCUGGAGAUGGACGGAGACUACAAACAUUGCCACUCUGACUGGCUGGCCUUCAGACUGAGUGUGGAGAGUCUAACUGAGUGUUGUGAGAGCGCACUCUCUCUGUUGGAGGAUGCACUGCAGUCUAUGGACACAGCACCACUACCAGACUGUAUCAAGACUGUUCCUCUAAGUGUGGAAAAACACAGACAGCUGAUGACGAGCAUCCUAGUCGACCAACGGCUGACUGAGCUGCAGCGCAAGGGUGGGGCCUGGCUGGCAGGGCUGGCCAAUGGCACAUCAGGACUGGCAAAGCGGUCCCCAGACUGCAGAGCUGCUCUGGCUGCGACCUCUAACCUCUAUGACAGCGUGGAUGAUUCCCUCCACCGCCUCGUCCAGGUGUCCAAUCAGAGGGGCAGUGAUCUGGAAGCCCUCGGACGAUUGGCUGCCAUGGUGGACAAGCUGGAAAAGUGCGAGAGGGAGAUAGAGCAGAUCCAGGAUCAGUUGGAAGACUACAGGGAGCCUCCCAUCUCUCUCAGCAGGCUCUCCCUCAAACAGCAGAAGUUCAAGACUUUCAGGGAGUCGGCCAACGAGCUGCACACUGAGACCCUGGCGGUCCUUGGAGAUCUGGAGAGCUGGUCUGAGCUGGACUGGGGGGGACUGAUAGAGGUGCAGGUCAGGGUACCCCCGGUCAGAGAGAGACUCAGAGACAUGUCUCACUGUCUGUCUGACUGCUGGACAACACUGGACAACACACAGAGACUACUGUCCACACUGACCGAGGUAAACACACACAGACUACUGUCCACACUGACCAAGGGAGACACACAGAGACUACUGUCCACACUGACCGGGGUUAACACACAGACUACGGUCCACACUGGCCGAGGUAAACACACACAGACUACUGUCCACACUGACCAAGGGAGACACACAGAGACUACUGUCCACACUGACUGGGAUAAACACACAGACUACGGUCCACACUGACCAAGGGAGACAGACAGACUACUGUCCACACUGACCCAGGUAAUCACACAGAGACUACUGUCCACACUGACCCAGGUAAUCACACAGAGACUACUGUCCACACUAACCGGGCUAAACACACAGACUACGGUCCACACUGACCAAGGGAGACAGACAGACUACUGUCCACACUGACCCAGGUAAUCACACAGAGACUACUGUCCACACUGACCCAGGUAAUCACACAGAGACAACUGUCCACACUAACCGGGUUAAACACACAUAAUACAGAACGGAGCAAAUGGAAUGGCAUCAAACACCUGGAAACCAUGUGUUUGAUGUAUUU